AGAAGUAAGAACGAAAUGAGAAUUAUUAAAGCCGUAGGAAUGGCGAAUGUACAGUUCGAGACUCCCUAUCGGACUUUGUAUUAUUUAUGCACGUAUCAUGUACAGUCUCCUAGUCACACCUAUGCACGUACUGCGUGGGGGGCCAAGACUCUGGAUCGAGCGCAAUGACGACUGACCGCGGGGCGGAAAAUACGAGCCGAUCCGCAGUAAACAAAUCCGACCGGAAUGAGUACUGUACCGAGUAGACCGAAUCUUUGACGUGGUUGGCAAACGACUGGUACAGUGUCCGUCACGAGUCCGAGCGAGAGCGCGCAGCAUCGCCUCGGGGCGCAUUCACUUUUGGCUCCUUCGCUGCCGGCAAAUGAUCCGCGCGCGACGGAACGUUCAGCGCCAGCGGAGGCGCGCCCCGAGCCGUUGUCAAGGAGCCAGCCGGACAGAGUCUAAAUCACGAAACCAAGAUUCAAGAAGUGCAAAUGCAAAUGAACGUCGGGAAUGUGAACGAAAGGCCCGUGGACACGCACACGCGAGCAGAAAUGUCGAGCUCCAAUUGGGCGAAGAAGAUGCAGAAUUGAGGCCGCCGACAGGGAGAGAUCGCGAGAGGGAGAGGGGGAGAGCCUGAAAGACGAAGGUCGUGGGCGAUGGGGAGCUGUGUGCGUGCGUGGGUGUGACACUGAGAGUGAGUGUGGGUGUCUCGUACACUUGAUAGAUUUCGGAGGGGAGAUCUAAUGGGGGCAAAAGUGCGGAAUUGGAUAGGGGGAUACAUCCAAUCGGAGUGGGAACUUCGUUUGGGUCAAAACCCACUCGAGUCCAAUGUCUGGUUCAAUGGAAUUCGUCUCAUUGGACGCAAAGACGUGGUUCAAACCUCACCUUCGUCUCGCGUGGGGGGUGUCACUUCUGGGGCUUGCGGGGUCCGCUGUUCCUCUUUUGCGCAACAUGGUCAGACUGACAGAGGGACAAUGUACGUGAGUAUGUCAAGAGUGCAAUUAUGAAUGAAUAUAAAGCAUGAGUGAAGAUGAGCCUGGAUGGAGAGAAGAGAGAGAAAACCAAGGAUCGAGAACAGCGAUGUAUUCCAGCCUUUGUAGAUCCAUAUGCUGGAGGCUACUAAGCACCAAUUUUAGUUUUCCGUAUGAGUCACUCUUCCUUUUCUUUGUGUUUAAUUCGUGACCUGUGUCCAAAGACGACUUCAGGUCGGCUCCAGGGGAACUUUUUGGAUUGUGUAUCGAAGUUUUUUCAUUUCUUUGUGCGUUCUGAGAAAAAGUACAAACAUCUCGUUGAAACCAUGGCAAAUUUUGCCAUUCAGGACAAAUUUGGUCAGUCGCGUCAACCUGUCUUUUUUGUAGCCUUUGAAUUUUACAAGAGGUAGCCCGUGACUUUAGCACACCCACAAUUUCUCUCUAUACGAGAGAGAGAAAGAGAGAACAAGUCCUAGCCCAAUCCCAAUAACUAACAGAAAGAAUCUUGCGAAACGGAAUUUUGAAUCUUUUCAACUGCUGCCAGAUUGGAUUGGCUGUGUCUAUUCUCAGAUGGAUAGGAUUUUUCCAAAUUGAAGCUUGUCCAAAGAAGGUGGAUCAUGUGAUGACCAGGACACUGAUUUGUAUCUACAGCUGAAAGGUUUUUUGAGUCAAGGUGAAGGUGCUAGAGCACAUGCUAAAAGUUAACUAGAGUAGGUCACCAAACUUCAAUCAAUAAUGAAGUCAUCCCAACUCGGUAUCAACUUCAUUCUGCCCUUACCUCGACUAUUGAGUUCAUAAUGUUAUCAAUUUGAGGCUGCUAAUUUGAUAACUUUAGCUAGAUCGGCUAGUCUUAUCUAGAUUAUACACUUUUUCCUCUGCAGUAGAAGACUCUUUCAAGUCUGAUGGCUGCUACCUAUAUAGCCGACCUAGAACAUGUGUUCGGCCGGGUCGGAUGAAGCAGGGGUGGGAAUGAUUGGUCUAUGUGAUUCGCUUGUUUAGAAUUCGCGGUCCCCUGUCAAAUUCGACGGCCACAACAAGCCAAUGAGGCUAGAUAGAGUACUAGAUAGCUGCAAGUGCCGAAUAGUGAACGCGUUCAAAUGAAAACAAGGACCUUGGGACUAGAUAAAUCGUGCAAUCAAGGGAGGAAGAAUU